UAUGAAAGCAGUUGGCUGGAUGCACUUACUUGGUGAAGGUGUCAUCAUGAACAAGGAUAAAGCGACCCAGUUUUUCCAACAAGAUGCUGGGAAGAAUGGCCUUGACUCUGUAUAUAUACUUCAGUUGGUAGAUCAACAUAACAAUAGCUAUAAGAUGAAACUUGGCAACGCUGUAGAGCAGUAUUCGCAAGAUAGUGCUGAGGAUAAAAUGAACGAUAUAGGCUGUACAUAUUGUUUUGAAUAAAAUUAUGAGGAAG